GGAAGCCGCGGCCCGAGGCUCGAAACGGCGGGUGGGCGGCGGGUGCGGGCACUUCGGCCCGCGGCGUGGGCAGAGCCGGGGCCAUGGAGCCGCUGCUGUCGGGCUAGGGAGGGCCGGCGCUGCCGGGUCCGCGGCGAUGGCGGGCUAUGCGCGUCGUCCGGGCUUCCCUCCGCUGUCGCGAGCCCAGAGCCUCACCAUUCCUGAUGCUCCAGCGUUCUAUGAGCGCCGGUCCUGUCUCCCCCAGCUAGGCUGUGAGCGCCCCCGUGGCAGGGAUCUGGACUCCCACUUCUUCGGCAUUCGGCCGACGUUUAUGUGCUAUGUACCCAGUCCAGUGCUAGCUUCCGUUGGAGGCACAGAUGAUAAGCUUAAAGACCUUGAAGAGGCAAAUCCCUUCUCCUUUAAAGAGUUUCUAAAAACUAAGAACCUCAGCCUGUCGAAAGAGGACACAACCAAGCGUAGAAUCUACCCAAAGGAAGCCACGAGGCACUUGCUGGGGCUGGACCGCAGCUCCCCAACCUCCCAAACCACGGCAUAUGAUCUGGAUUAUCAGCAGCCGUUUUUUGAAGAUCUAAUAGGAGCUGGUGACCUCCUGGAUGCGGACGAUGAGGAUGAGGACAAUGGGUGGAAUGGGGCCUAUCUUCCAUCCACUGUGGAGCAGACCCACUCCUCAAGGGCCACUGCCAGCACGUCGCCCUGUGGCACAUACGUCUCCUUUUUUUCCGACCCAUCAGAGCUGGUGGGGCCCGAUGCUCUGCACCCGUGGACACUGAGUGGCUCCGACUCUCGUGUCUCUCCGGUGGGGAGCCCCAGUGCAGACUUCACAGCCCACGGAGAGACGCUGGGGGACAGGCACCUUCGGACACUGCAGAUAAGUUACGAAGCACUGAAAGAUGAAAAUUCUAAGCUAAGAAGAAAGCUGACUGAGGUUCAGAGCUUCUCUGAAACUCAAACAGAAAUGGUGAGGACACUGGAGAGGAAACUAGAAGCAAAGGUGAUCAAGGAGGAGAGCGACUACCGUGACCUGGAGUCUGUGGUUCAGCAGGUGGAGCAGAAUCUGGAGCUGAUGACGAAACGGGCUGUAAAGGCUGAAAAUCACGUCAUGAAGCUGAAACAGGAAAAAGGCUUGCUCCAGGCACAGGUGUCUAACUUCAGGCGGGAGAACGAAGCCCUGCGGUCCGGCCAGGGCGCCAGCCUGACUACGGUGAAGGAGAACACCGAUGUGGCCUUGCAGAACCUCCGUGUCGUCAUGAACAACGCACAUUCCUCGAUAAAGCAGCUGGUUUCUGGAGCUGAAACAUUGAAUCUUGUUGCUGAAAUCCUUAAAUCCAUAGACAGAAUUUCUGAAAUUAAAGACGAGGAGAAGGAGGAGACAACGGCAGAGUCUUGAGAACCACUGAGAUGCUUCCAGCUCACAGCUGUUUACAUCCUGAAAUCAAUACUUACUGGAUUUGAAAACACCAUUGUGUCUUUAAAAUGCAGUCUUCACCUGUAGUAAAAAUAUUUUAUCACUAGGUACUAAUUUCAUGACCUAAAACAGUAUUAGUUGUCAACGGCAAUGAGGAGCAGCUCCUGUACCUGUGAGCUGCACCUGUAGAUUCUAUGCAGCCCUUCUGGGUGAACUCCCCACUCUUUUAUGGUUUCUAAUCGAUUGGGAGACAUUUUUAUAAAAGCCAGUGAUAUGUUACGGUUACUAAACAUGAAAACAGUAGUUCCGUAGUGUUUCCAUCGUCAUUCCAGAACAUUAACUGUAGGAGGCCGAGGUGGAGGCCAACCAAUGUCUCCGUGGGGCCUGCUUUCACAUCCUUAGGUGUGGGGCACUGAAUCCCCCGUGCCCUCCGCAGCCCGGUCCUCCGUGGCUGCAGCAGCCACAGCUAAUCGAUUGCCCUUGAUUUUGUGAGCAAAGACAAACACUAAAUGAGCCAUAAACCAAACGAUCACCUUGGACAGGGACUUGUGCCUUUUUGCCACCACUCUGCCCCCUCUGGCUCACUGUCCGUGCCUGUGGCCUUCACAGGGGUGGCUCCUGUGGCUGGUGGCCCGAGUGUGGACGCCCGUUUGGUGGGGACUGCUGUCCUCCAACGGACCAAGGUCAGCACUGGCAUUCCAUAGUGCAAAGCCAUGUAAAUGCACCUUUUGUGGGUUUUUAGACUUAAAAAACUGCUUUUGGCUGGAGGGUUUUCAUACAUUUCAAGUGGCAUUUUGUACAGUGACGUGUAGAAGUCAGGAAUAUAGAGUAUGUGCAGAGCCUUUUAGAGUUAGUUUGAGGUCUCCGGGUGCCUUUACAACUGCUCUCUGAUGUAGGGAAGGCGUAACACACACUGUAUGCCUCUGGCUGUUUGCCUGUAGACAUUUUUUUAAAUUUCCUCUUCCCCUCCUGUUCAGAUUGACAGUUUAUUUAAUAAAGUCUAGAAGUCAUGCACUGUC